CAUGGCACCCACCCAACCAGAUCCAGCAUGGCGUGGGCGUGGGCGUGGCCGUGCCUGCAUUCCUGCACGUCUUGGAUUGGAGGCGGUUGGAGUUGUACUCUUGCCGGCUUUGAUUGCCUUCUGCUUCCCGCAACCGCAACUCUGCUUCCCAACAAAACCGAACAAGCCCCCUCAUCCUCUUCUUGCGUCUUCCUUCUCCAAUCUCUCCGUUUCCACUUCGCGGUGCUAAUCCUACUCCCAGCUCGCGCGCUGAGAUGGACGGUAGCAGCCUGAAAUCCGCGCAGCUCCUGGAGCUGAUGCGUCAGCACCUGGCCACCGACGCCGGCAAGGAGCUCACCAAGAAGGUCGGCCUCGUCUACCAGCUCAACAUCGCACCCAAGAAGAUCGGCGUUGAUGAGGAGAUCUUCGUGGUCGACCUCAAGAAGGGCGAGGUCACCAAAGGGCCGUACCAGGGAAAACCGGAUGCUACUUUCUCCUUCACGGAUAACGAUUUCAUUGGAAUCGCCACCGGCAAGACGAACCCGCAGAUUGCGUUCAUCCGAGGGGCGAUUAAAAUCAAGGGGAGCAUAAACGCGGCACAGAAGUUCACCCCUGACAUCUUCCCCAAGCCUGCUAAGCUGUAGAAGGUUAGAUUGUGUUAUUUGGUCACGGCUGGAUAAUAAGGUUUGCAAGCUUCAAUGACUGUGUACCAGAUAGAAUGAGUGGGACAUGAAAAGCACACGACCUUAUGAUGUUAUCUGUGGAAUUUGGAUAUGGUUAAAGUUCCAAUUCCAAUUAAAUGAAGCUCAAUGUUUGUGUCUUGUGUUUAGCUUUCUUCUUCAUUAGAAUAAACUGGUAUGAUGCUUGCUGA